AUGAACUAUCUCGCCCCGGAAGUAAUACGCAAAGAGGCUUACGACCACGCGGUAGAUUGGUGGUGCUUAGGAUCUGUGCUCUACGAAAUGCUUUACGGCCUGCCGCCAUUCUACUCCCAAGACCACGCCGCAAUGUAUCAGGCUAUUCUUUUCAGCCCUCUUCGCCUGAAGGACACUGUCAGCACAGCGGCGAAGGCAAUCCUUACUGGCGUGAGUAGAAAGAUUGAGAGAACCGAGAUUUCAGCUCUUUAG